UUUUGUCCCAUCACUGUAGAAAGGGAUGCCAUGUAUAAAUGUUGGGCAAUACAGACGGAUGAGUUGUGGUCAGACCAGUUUUGGGGUCUAGCUGGGUCAUUAGUCAGAGCCACAGAGAAAAAGGAUAUGUAAUUUACUCAUUUUACUGUAUGUUAAUCUCUAGCGUUCACACAGGAUAUGUAGAGUUUCUAUCAAUUCAUGCGAUAUAAUGACACACUUUGUUUUAAUCUGGUAGUUUCAGCUUGUAAACAAAAACAUUUCCUGGUGUCUUCCCAAAAGGUCAAAGUUCAGAGGAAUAAGCAAACUGCAUCUAUAUGUAGCGCCGGGGUUGGACGGAAAAUGCUCUAGUAGAUUGUAUAUUGUGUCGGUGGUAUGGAAUACGUUACAUUCAUUGACCGCGAAAUCAAGUAGACUCGAGCUGUGGCGGGAUAUUAUUGUAGUACUCCAGGUGAUAUGUGUGUAUAAUUCAGUGGCCAGAUUCUGAAGGAGGGAGGACUUUAUUAUCACUAUAGUUUGUGUGUGGUGUGUUAAACACCGGAGAAAACAACACAAAUUUGAUGAUCCACCACUAAGUGGGAUUAUAAGUGUCAUUGUGUUGAUGAAUUGCUUACACAGGGAGUGAGAAAAAUCAAGGAUCCUUCAUAAUGAAUAUGAAUAAGGAGUUGGGUUUAUUUUUUUUCAUUGCAUGGAUUUGACAUCAGGGAUUAUAAUUGAUUGGAGGACGUUUAUUGUGGAGUUUUCUGGGAUGUGUUUUUGGUUUUCUCUGGAUGGUUAGUGGUGACAUAUCCUAUGUGAAAUGAGCUAUUGAUUAUAAUGUACAUGCCCUAUGUCGUCAUAUAGAUAGUUUUGUGUGAUACUUGUGUGACAUGUGGAAAUCAGUGAAUAUUUGACAUUCUUCUUAUAAAGGUGUAAUAGUUUUUUUAAUGCAAUUCUAUCUGAUGAUAUGAUAAUUGACUGGGCUAAUGCUGGGAUGAUAACCAGUCUCCAAUGAUGACGAUAAUAGAAACCAAUUAAUCUGAUGCAGAAUUGAUUCAAUUUCGCAAAACAAAAGUUUACAAAUAUGCCAUUGGGGAAGAAAUGGCGAUCGAUGGACGUUCUUCACUUUGGUUCAUCCAAACAAGAUAAAGAGGCCCUGAAAAAAGAGAACGGACAUUUGGGAUCGGGGGACAUACUGUCCAAAACAUGUCGGACAAAGAGUAAGGGUGGGUCAAAAGAAGACCUGUUAGACGAAGAACCGCCGGUCAUUUUGAGAAGGAAGCACGGUUCGAAGCAUCGGUUUAGCUCUCGAGAAGAUCUAUUGGAUAAGCCGGCCUCCCCCAAACUGCGACAAAGCAUUCAUGUCCCCUGGCAUAGGUCUAAAUCUAGCUCCAGGGACGACUUGGUCAAUAACGAAUCAAGGAAAGACCCCAACAACAGGCACUCUAGUAGUGUGAAAGGGGAGCAUGGCACACAAGAAGAAACCAAAGAAGGUUAUAUUCAGAGGUGUGUCAUCAUACAGAAAGAUGAUAAGGGCUAUGGGCUCACUGUCAGGGGAGAUAACCCAGUCUAUGUGGAGUCAGUCAAAGCAGAUGGGGCGGCGGAGCGGGCAGGAGUCAGACAGGGGGACAGGAUUUGUAAGGUGAAUGGGACCCAGGUAACCAACUCAAAUCACAUAGAAGUCGUGAGACUCAUCAAAGCUGGAUCCUUUGUGGCGCUGACACUUAUGAACAAAGCCCCUGAAAAAGUCACAAAACCAAUUCCAGUUGAUUCCAGAAAAAGUCGAGAACUCCAGGCAUCUAAACUCUUUGAAAUCAAGAAGUAUUACGAUAAUGCCACAGAGGAAUUACAGAGAACAAAAUCACAACUGCAGAACAAUCCAUCAGAUGACAAACUAGCUUCCAAAGUCAAAGAACAAGAAGCUCUAGUUAAAAAACUUGAAGAUCAAUUAAAGGUUCUUAGUUCUACCUUAAACUCUAGUCAAAAUAAUGCGCAAGCCGCGGAAGAAACUAGUCCUGACAUAGGAAAUGGCGAUGGCUCAGUAGCACCUUGGCUGCCAGAGGGUCCCAAACAUAAAAAGUCUGGGUCCACUCCGAUCGACUUUACACCUAACCCCAGAGAGUUAAGGGCAAUAUCUCGCUCUAAGUCUGACGCGAGCAGCCGGGUUACGUUUCGAAAGCCUUCGACAUCCCAGAAACGUCAGCCAGGGGACAUAAGUCCAGAGCAUGUGUUGUUUAGCUCUAGACCGUCUAGACGGCGUCCAGUGUUUGGAAUAAGACAGGCCAUAGUGGCUCCGGCGUCUGAUGGUAGCAGUGUGUCCGACUCCCCAACCACCUCCCCCAACGCCUCCCCCACCCCCACACACCCCAAUAACUCAGAAGACACGCAGUCCGUCCAAAAGAAAGAGCUGGAGUACGAUGAAAUAAGUCAGACCAGUCAAGCUUCCAUUGGUCAACCACAAAAGCCGAUCAUUGCCGCUGAAGAGGACGAAUUCAGCUCUGAUGAAGACAUGCAAAACAAGGUGACAGCCAAUGGGAGACCACCGUCUCUGUCCACUACACCCCUUAAUGCCAGGUCUCAGGCAGAGUCAGAUGAUUUCGGGCCUUUCAACGACUUGCGGCAGCUGGAAGGCAAGCCGGCCCAUAUGUCUGUAUUCCUCAACUUUGUCCUGAAACAUCAAUCUCCUGGCGGUGCACUGUUAUUCUACAUCACAACAAAUGUGUACCAGCAAGCAAAAGGAAACAUUAAGGAUAUGCAGAAGUGGGCUUUUGAGAUUUUCUCAACGUUUCUUGCAAAUGGAGCGCCUUUGAAGGUUGAAGUUGACCCAGUCCUCGUGGAAAGGAUAGACGAUAUCCUCAAUAGCAAAUCCUCAGAGAAAGACGACAUCUUGAGGACCGUGUUCAAUGGAGCGCGUAAUUAUGUCCAGGCUGAGAUCUCAAACAGUUUGCAGGAAUUCCGCAGCAAACUAUGUCUAGGUUUUGGAAACAUGUAUGGUCUGAAUAAUCUUGCUCCAAAUAUGAAGCAAAAGGACGAAACAGAAGCAGUGUUAAAGUUACUGUCUCCAUACUUUGAUACAGUCCCACAACUAGAUGAAGAUAGCAAACCAGACACAAGCCAUGCUAUAGGAUGGGCUUUAGCAACAUUCCUCAGGCACAACUCCAUGGUGGAUAAAAAGCACUCCUCAAUGGAGAGAGUUCAGAGUUUUGUGGCAAAAGACAAGAAGAAAAUUCUCAUGCAGAGGAAAAGGACGCUGACACAAAAAGGACACACUUUUCAGCCCCAGCAUUUUUCUCGUGUGGAGAACUGCCUGUUUUGUAAGGAGUUGAUCUGGGGUGUCGGCAUCCAGGGUUACCAGUGUUCUAAUUGUGAACAAUGGAUACACAGGUACUGUUUAGACUCUUUAGAAGAACAGUGUCCAAAAAAGAAGAAGAAUCGGCCUCCCUCGUCUGUGUUCAAUAUUCCAAGACCACAUGCAGACAGACAUUCCACCUCUAGCAUAGAACAAAUACUAAGUCGAUCAGGCAGUCACGGAGUGGUGAAGCUCAUUCUCCCCGAGCUCUGGCCUGCAGUGUCUGAAGCGUCCAGUCCCGGCCCAGUCACCCCGACCACGUUCAAUAUACAGCCGGUCAGGGACGAGCGGGAGGAUGACAAAGUCACACCUAUGCAUACAGUGGAUUCCUUGAUCAAAAGAUACGACAAAGCACCAUCAGAGGGACCCGGUGACCGCAACAAGAGCCCGAGCGUGGAGGAAAUGACCAAUAAGAAAUCCACCGAGAUCAGUCGAUCCGAAAGUUUAAAGGGUCGGCAAGACCAGAAAGGCAGAGUUAAACAGCGUCGCGUUAAAAGUGAUGUGGAGAUAGACGAUAACUUGAUGAAGGCCCUCCAAGGGAACACGCCCAACUCUCACAGCUCCUCAUCCUCUAGUGUCAGGGAUCUUAUGAAAGACAUUCUUGUUGUUCCCUCGCUGAAGGCCAGGAGUGGUGAAAGUCCAAGUAGUUCAAUGGAUGCCGUCAAUAAUAUCCCCCACACGAUAGAGAACGAUUCAGACUUUGAAGUGGAAAAUGAAUUACCUCCCUUAGAAUCUAUUUAUCCUAGGGAUGUUUACAAAAGAUUGAGACCAAAAGAUAGGAAACGAUUAGAAGUAAUUAAUGAAUUGUUUUACACGGAGAGAACACAUUGUCGUAAUUUAAAAAUAUUACAGAAUUUAUUUUAUAAACCUAUGUCCCAGGACCCAAAUAUAUCCAAUGAAUUGAUUAAAGUACUGUUCCCUAACCUAGAAGAGAUGAUCACAUUACACAGUUCAAUGAACUGUGCAAUGAAAGAGAGGAAGAAACAAAAUUCAGUAGUAAUUGAGGUUGGGGAUAUUUUAUUGGCUCGGUUUGAGACUGAGGGAGAAGCAUUCCGUAAUGGCUGUGCCACAUUUUGUCAGAACCAGUCAUAUGCCCUCGAUCUGCUGAGGGCAAAACAGAGAAAAGACAAUAAACUGGCCAACUUUUUAAAUGAAGCAGAAAGUAGUCCGUUAAUGCGUCGGCUACAGUUACGAGACUUGAUUCCUACACAGAUGAUGCGUCUCACCAAGUAUCCGUUGCUGAUUGAAAAUCUUAUGAAAUAUACUCAGACUUCAACAGAGGAGUAUUCUCGGCUGGAACGAGCCGUCAAGUUGAGUAGAAGUAUUUUAGCAUAUGUAAAUCAGGCAGUGAAAGACUGUGAAAACAGGAAUAAGUUGAGGCUUCUGCAGCGGAAAGUUGACAAAAAACAGAUGGACAGUCCUGAAUUUAAGGAAUUGGAUCUCACUAAACACAAGCUUAUGCUGGACGGCACGUUAACCUGGAACAUUAACCAGAGGAAGUCAGUGGACUGUCAUGUUGUGUUGUUAGAGGACUUAUUAGUGCUAUUUCAGAAACAGGACGAUAAACUAGUUCUCAGGCAACAGUCCACUCAACUGGUGGCCGGUAAAGAGGACAGUCGCUAUCAGUUUAGUCCACUGCUUAAGUUGGAAAAUGUCCUUCACACCAACAGCAAAGCAACCGAUAAAAAGGCAUUUUUUGUGGUAUCUAAAACUCAGAUUUAUGAACUUUCUGCAUCGUCCACAGAAGAACAGAAAAAAUGGAUUAGACAUAUCAAGGAAGCAGCGGAGUCGUACAAGAAGAGGAAGGACAAGGCCCAGGAGCCAGCCCAGACAGAUGUGCUGGCAGUGGAGCCCCCUCAGAUCAUCCGCAGGCCUAGUGCUGAGAGGACAGCGGAGGAGGAUUAUGAGGAAGAUAUCAUCCAACCAGAUGAAAUCACUGUGCAGAAUCCGUUAUCUCAGAAAGCCGAGCCUGUUCUAACUCCGCUAGAGAAGAUCCGGCGCCUCGACGAGACAGUACAGGAGCACCUGCAGGAGAAGACGGUGCUAGUGGCGGAGGUCCUCAAUAUCCCCACGGCCGAGGUCCCCCAGCGCCUUCAGAUGGUGGAGGAGAUGCCGGAGAAUGCUGACACCAGCGACAACCUACUGGCCCUCAUUGAGCAGACCCAGCAAUGUUUGGUUUUGUUAAACAAUGCUGAAUCUGGACUAGCAGAGAAAGAUCUGAAAAUGCCAAUUCCAAUGGAGAAACUACGGGAAAUGGCCAACCGCAUGAACCAGAUUCUCACCAAUCUGCUGGAAAAAACCAGACAGUAUGCAGCGCUAAAUGCGGGGCAAAGCCCUGCUUCUUCCUCAGCUGUGGUGAAUAGCAGGGAUGAUGAGCGGGAGCGACUUCGCCUGGAGCUGAAGGCUGCUCAGGACGAGCUAAACAUGCUGAGGGAGAUCCAGAGGAGGGUGUCGGGCUCCAAUGUAAUGAGCCUCGCCCCCACACAGGGCCGGCCUCAGAGCUUUAUUUCGGACACCUCAUCAUACUCGGACACUGAGGCUGUAGCCAAUACUGAGGAGGAUGACAUGCAAGAUGUUCAGUCGGAUCAUAAUGAGGGAGAAGUGGACACUAUAGAUGUACCUGAUGAUUUCGAUGUUGACCCUGAGGCCACAGAACCCGAGGUCUCCCAGCCUACCAAUCUGCCAAAGGAAAUUGCUGAGUCUGACACCCAGUCUCUGACAGAGAUUGAGCCACCUGUAGAGGAGUUCAUGGAGGAGCCGGAACCUCCCAGUGUCCCUGAGGAGGCACUAACCGGUGCCGAGGACACCAAAUCUGAGGAAACAGAAGAGGAGGUCCAAGUCAAGGAUGGAGUUCAGAAGGCAGAGAUCAAUCUCAUUGAGGAGGUGACAGAAGAAGUCACGGAAUUCCCCUCCAAUCAGAAGGAUGUUGUUCAUUCCGAGGAAAGUGACACUGAAUGCAAGGACAUGAGGAAGGAGGAGCAAAGUGCUGAUGCUCCUCCCACAGAAAAUUCAUGUGAGGACCCAGGAGGGCUUUCAGAGGAGAAAAAGGCGGAGGAAGAGAGACGUUUCAGUAACGAUGAUUACGUGGAUGCUGUGGAAACACAAUCAGAAAUCAGGGAGGGUGUUCAAGAAAGGACUAAUAACGAGGAGGAAACUAGUGAAAAAACAAAGGAGGAAAUCACGGACCAAGAGAAAACCGACGUCGGAAAAGAGGGGGCAGAAUCGGAUCCGGAAACUGCUGACAAACAGCCACAAGAGGAGGUGACUGAGGAGGACAGUGAAAACAGCCAAAUCAUUGAGGACAAACCGAUGGAAAAGUCCGAGGAGAAAAUCCUGGACAACGAUGACAAUGAAAAUCAUGUAGAAUCUACAAAUACAACAGACAACAGGGGAGACAGUGGCUCUCCUGUAUAGCAUUAAUCCAGAUCUACUUCUGUCUCACUCUGUGAUAAGUGCUACAUUCAAUUCUUGGAUGUGAUUAAGAGUCAUUCUCAGUUUAUGUCCCUUUGUUUUUGUUGACUAUUUGUGUUUUUUCAUUUUGUUUUUUUUUUUUUUUUGAGAGGGGCAGUUAGCUUGUGAGUUGACUGUUAGAAAUGUUUCCUUUACUCAUUCCUCUGUACAGCUAGUAAUAGACGGAGAAGAUAUUAUAAUGGAAAUUAGUUAUAUAAAGAAUUAACAAGAAAACAGGAGAUUGAUGCACGUAAUUAUAGCAUAUUAUAAAUAAUGAGUAUAUUAUAUAUAUAUAUAUAUGAAUGUACUUUUUUUUUUGUUAUAAGGAAGAUGUUGCAUAUUUAUUUAUGUUAUGGUUGUCUCUGAUGUUACUUAAGAUAGGAUAAAUGUUUACAGUCUGUACAUUGUAUUCAUACACUGCAACUGUGUGUCUGCAUUUUAAACAUAUGCAAAUGUCAAAAGCUAGCCUUCAUGAAUAUUCUUGAUUCUCAUUAAUAUCAUUACCAAUUCAUUUUUUUGCAGCUGUGAACAUUUAUUUGAGGCAUCAGUUUAUAUUGUUAUUCUUUCAGUAAAGGCCCCUCAAGUUUGAAACUUGAGGCCAACUCUAAGGUGCAAUACAUUUAUUUUAAUUUCUAUUGCAAAGCUUUUUAUAUAAUGUAUGAACAGCUACUAAUGUUGGGAAUUUUUUUUUCUUGUGCUUGAAUGAAAGAGUGCUCAAGAUUGGCAUAUCAGGUUUCAUUUUGUAUCAGUGAACUCUAGAUUUCUGUUAUACCGUAAUAAUGGUUGUCGCUGAAUUACAAUGUAAUGGUCUUAAAAAACUGCCUUAUGAGCUUAGAAAAAAAUUAUAUAGUAUAUAUUAUGUGAAUUGCUGCUGUUGCUGAAUUGAUCUGUAUCAGAAGUUUGUAAUUCGGUCUUCUUCAUAUCAUUUCUCAAAUAAUGCAAGUAGAACUACAUGUACAUUAAUUCAGGUGAUUUUUUUUCCCCUUUUCUCUCAAAUAUGUUCAUUUGAUACAAAAACUUGGGUGCCAUGCUAAAGCUUUAGCUCUUUUCACAUCUUGGUCAUGUGACUUCAUAUUUUGAUGGUCACGUGACAUCAUCUAGUUAAAAAAUUAAUGCAAUCAUUAAAAUGCACAGAUAAAAGUACUGUAAACUAUGGGGUCGUGUAAAGCAAAAGAUUUAUGUUGAAAAAAUCUAUAAUAUUGACUCCAGAAAUAAUAAAAACUUUAAAACUCGA